UAUGUCCCUGGUGCCUUCCGUGUAGCCCCACAGUAGCUACCCAGUGUGGUCCUGAAGUAGUUGUGCCUCUCCCUCCCUCAUUCCCUCUCCGUUUCACACCCUCGCUUUAGCGAUCCGUUUUCCUCUCUUUCUCCAUGGAGUAAUUACAGAGAAAUAACAUCGAGACUUUUCUCUCCUCUCUCCCCCUCCACGCCUGUGACAAAACAGGCGCCUCUCGUUUUUUCCUUCCCCAUAGAAUGCUCAAUGACAGAUGGGAAGUCAUGAACACCUCUUCGGAACUCGAAGAUGGACAGCGGCAUAAAAACCAGACAUUCUGUGAAUGUGUGCCGAGCUCCUCUCAGCUCAAACAUCGCUGGUCAGACUCAGACACAGUCAAGCAAACCGCCCCUAAGAGGAUGUCCUGCAGCUACCUGUUGUGCACCAUCCUGCUCUUUGUGGCCGUGCUUCUCGCCGUCACGAUAACGGGCACCAUCCUCUUCAUGAACCACUACCAGGCGCCGCCCCUCUCUGACGGCCCGCCCCACAUCUCCACCAAUCAGGACGCCGAGUCCAACGCCCUGGUGACGGUGGAGCGCGGCGACGGCUCGCGCAUCAACAUCUUCAUCGACCCCAACUGCCCCGACUACAACUCCAACUUCCUGCGGCUGGAGGGCGUGCAGACCUCCCUCUUGCACUCGCUCACCGACCACGACUCGGACCUGAAGUCCGUCAAGGGGCAGGACCGCGCCCUAUUGGUCAACCUGGCGGAGGAGGUGGCCAAGCUGUCGGCCCACGCCGGGCAGCUGAAGAUGGACUACGAGGCCCUGAGGAGGGGCCAGGGGAGUCUGGGGCAGGAGCUGAGCACGCUGCAGAACGAACAGGGGAGACUCAUACAGCUCCUCUCCGAGAGCCAGGUGAACAUGGUGAAGGUGGUGAACUCGGUGAGCGAUGCCCUAAACUCCAUGCAGAAGGAGACUGGUGGCCUGAAGGCGCGCGUCAAAGCUGACCUGCAGAGGGCGCCAGUCAGGGGGCCGCGCCUCAAGGGAUGCGCCAAUGGUUCUCGUCCACGUGACUGUAGUGACAUCAUGUCUAGUGGGCAGCGUGAGGAUGGCAUCUACUCCGUGUUCCCCACACACUCCCCCGCCGGCUUCCAGGUCUACUGUGACAUGACCACCGAUGGGGGCGGCUGGACUGUGAUCCAGCGCCGGGAGGAUGGGUCAGUGAACUUCUUCAGGGACUGGGAGUCCUACAGAGAAGGCUUCGGCAAAAUCACUGGGGAACACUGGCUUGGCCUGAAGCAAAUUCAUGCGCUGUCCAUCCAGGGCAACUACGAGCUGCGUAUCGACUUGGAGGACUUUGAGAACAGCACGGCCUUUGCCCAGUACGCCACCUUUGGGGUGGGGCUCUUCUCCGUCAACCCAGAUGACGACGGCUACCCUCUUACCGUGGCCGACUACUCUGGAACUGCAGGCGACUCCCUGAUCAAGCACAACGGCAUGAAGUUCACCACCAAGGACGUGGACAACGACCACUCGGAGAACAACUGCGCCUCCUUCUACCAGGGCGCCUGGUGGUACCGCAACUGCCACACGUCCAACCUGAACGGCCAGUACCUGCGCGGCCAGCACACCUCCUACGCCGACGGCAUCGAGUGGUCCUCAUGGACCGGCUGGCAGUACUCGCUCAAGUUCACAGAGAUGAAGAUCAGGCCUACUCGAGACGACAGCAAGUGA